UUCACGACAAGCCAUCAAAAGAAGGCAACCCAUGCGGUGGAAGGCAGCUCGCUAGACUGACGCUGCUCUAGCCCAGAAGAAAAUGCCGAUGAAUAAGAUGUGCAGCUGUCAUGAAAUCCAGGACGGGCCGAGUAGGCCAAUUGGUAUAUGAGAAACGAGUGAAAGAGGAAAAAAAAUUGACUGGUCGUAAAAAGAAAGCUCGAGACACUCGUGGCUGCAAAGAUGCGAUAGUCCCAAACUUCGCAGCUUUAUUCAUCCUGGUCAUUGCCAUUGAUGAUUUUUUUCUCCCACAUCAUUUCUUUCUCCCCUUUCAUUUCUUUCGUCACCUCUCCAAUGGCUAUUGUUUGACUCCUUCUACCUAGGACACUAAUUCGAUCAUGACGACCCCACCCUUGAACUUACUCCCAAACUCGCCCCACAACCCCCUUAAUGUGUGCGCGAUGUCUUCUACAAGAGAGAAGGUCUAGGAACCGGAGCCAAGACCUCCGCUU